AUGAGUGAUUUAAACAUUACUUUUGAAAAUAUUUUUAAUAUUAAUUUAACAGCGCGAACAAUAUCGAGUCCUUAUGAUUAUUUUGUGGAUACUGUCAAAUCUGUUACAGAAUCUAUAACGCCAUUGUUAGAAUUAGCACGAGUUUUUCUUAGUAUUAUCACAUUUAUAUUAGUUCAUUUUUCACAUUUAUAUCGGUAUACAUCAUUCGGAUUACACAUCAGGUUUCUCGCUAUUUAUGAUGCAUGUCGUGUAUUUGAACGUUUAUUUUAUUGGUUUCCACCGUUAUCCUUAUUUAUAGUAAAAUACAAAUAUACUCGAUGUAAUUUUGCAUUUUUCUUACAAAAUUUUUUUUCUCAUUUAUCUGUUGCCACUAUUGUUAUGUUAUCUGUCGAACGUACAAUUAUAUUAUGGUAUCCAUUUCGUGCUCGAAUUCUAAUAACUGUUCGUAAAGCUAUUAUUUUUGAAUUAUUUAAUAUUUUUUCAAUGUUUAUUGCCACACAUUUUUAUUUGAUACCAAAUUAUUUUCAAUCAAUGGAUUAUACAAAAUGUUUUUAUUCUAGUCCAUUUUUCAUUUAUAAUUUAAAUGUAAUCUUUGAUUAUAAAGUCUAUGCCAUUGUUGAUGUUCUUCUAUUUUCAUUGAUACCCUGUUUCAUUACAUUUAUUUCAAUAUUUUUAAUUAUCAUUGGUCUAUGUAAACAUCGACGUACAAGAGAUCAUUUAACAAUAAAUCGUGAACAAUCUUCAUCGUAUGAAACAAGUAUUAUUUUAAUUUUUAUUGCCAUAUUACAAUUAUCUACAACAUUUCCACUUCGUAUACUUGUAUUAUUAAAAUAUUUUAUUUCAAUAGAUUUUACAUUAUUUAUGGGACUUUAUUAUUUGUUUAGUUUUAAUGAAUUAUUAGCAUCAACAUUAAAUUUUGCCGCAUUUAUAUUACCAUUCAAAACUGUACGAAAAGAAUUUAUAAGUGUUUUCUUUGCAUUUUGUUAUCAAACAACACAUGAACAACAACAAAAUAAUACAAGAAGAAUUUCUUCAUCUCCUUAUCAUAUUCAACAUCCACCAAUUAUUAACAUUAUUCCACCACCACCAUCAUCACCACUAUAA